UCGCACCCUUUAGCAGCCACCGAGGCUGAGGGUUCAGAGAACCUGGCCAGGUAGAGGAACCGACAGGUUGGUUAUAGGGAAACCUGGGUCAAAGGAGCCAAGAUCAAUUGUUUGGGUGCAUAUUAUGCACUGGAGUCAUCAGGCGGAAACAUGUACGUGAGUUAUCUCUUGGAGAAGGACACCAGUAUGUACCCGAAUUCCGUAAGACACCCAACCCUAAACCUGAACCCUCAGAAUUUUGUCCCCACACCUCCUCAGUAUCCAGACUUCACAGGAUACCAUCACGUCCCUGGAAUUAGCAGCGACCCUCACCACAGCCAGACAGGAGCCUGGAAUCCCGCGUAUCCUCCUCCGCGAGAGGAAUGGACACCUUACGGCCCGGGAACCGGACCUUCGACCUCGAGCACUGGUCAGCUGGGCUUCAGUCCUCCAGAGUUUUCGUCUGUCCAAGCGCCUGGCCUUCUCCCAUCCUCCAUAAACACAUCAGUCGGUCAGCUGUCGCCCAACUCUCAGAGACGGAACCCCUACGACUGGAUGCGUCGGAGCGCGCCGCCGCCAAACUCAGGAGGGAAGACCAGAACGAAAGACAAAUACCGGGUGGUGUACACGGAUCAUCAGCGUCUGGAGCUGGAGAAAGAGUUUCAUUACAGCCGUUACAUCACAAUCAGAAGAAAGGCAGAGCUGGCGACAGCCCUCGGUCUGUCAGAGAGACAGGUGAAGAUCUGGUUCCAGAACCGGCGUGCAAAAGAGAGGAAAGUCAAUAAAAAGAAGAUGCAACAGCCGCAGCCGGCAUCCACGACCACACCGACCCCCCCUGGUUCAGCUCUGCCUGGCAGUGUCCCCAUGGUGUCCAGCAGCAGCGGUGGCCUGGUGUCACCAUCUAUACCAAUGACUAUCAAAGAAGAGUACUGAAGACGGCCAGACUAGGACUGUUAGCUGUUUUUAUAGAGAGCCCUUUCACACUUUUACACACAGAGUACUUUCAAAUCAACCCAUCAGUGAAAACACAACACGAAUGUGACAACCGUGACAAAGACUGUAGGAAUAAAAAGUAGUCAAGAAGCAUUGAAAAGUAAUGCAGCAGCAUUUGAAGUAUCUGAAAGGUUGCAUAUAACUCCGGUCAUGUCGGUUUCUUUAUUCCUGCUGUUGUUUCGCUCAUCACUGUAAACUUUAACACGUUUUGAGAUUGUAAAAGUGAAUUCAAAUAACUGUAUAUUUCUAAAGUAGUUUGCAUUAAUAAAAUAUACGUUUUAUCG